AUGGUGCUGCCGACGCUUGGGAAGGUCGCACUGUCGCUGCUUGCCAUUAUCGUGGUGCGCGCCAUGGUGCGCCGCGCCCGUUGCCGCCCACUCACGCGCGGCAGCGUCGCCCUUAUCACCGGCGGUGGCGGCGGCAUCGGCCUCGAGUUCGCGCGCUUCUUUGCACGGUCCGGCUGUCGCGUUGUUCUCGUCGGUCGCAACGCGGAAGCCCUUCGUGAAGCACAGGCGUCGUGCAUCGCGCUGGGUGCCCCGAGCGCUGACAUCAUCGUCGCGGACCUCAGCACCGUUGACGGCACCGACAAGGUGGGCGCGGAGCUGCAGCAGCAGGAGCAUCCGGUUAAGUACAUGGUACUCAACGCGGGCGCAGGCGCGAUUGUUCCAUUCUCCAGUGGCCCUGAGUUUCACGCCAUCUGCGAGAAUAUGAUGCAGAUCAAUUACUUCGCCAACGUGCGUCUGCUGCAGCAGCUGCUGCCGAUACUUGAAAAGACGCAUUCGGCCGAGAAUCCCUCGCGUGUCGUGGUCGUGUCAUCGCUCGCAGGCGUGCUGCCGUCCAUCUACCGCAGCGCCUACACCGCGUCCAAGCACGCCAUACAGGGAUUUAUGAACGCACUGCGCGGAGAGACGUCGGUGUCGAUUACGCUCUGCUGCCCUGGCUACGUUGACACCGACUUCCACCGACGUGCACAGCUUCAAGGCAGCUUGGCGACUGGCAACCACCGCCGUGGUGUGCCGCCGGAUGUGUGUGUGCAGCAGUGCAUGACAGGUGCUCUGUGCGGCGAUGCAGAGGUGCUGACAACGCUCACCGGCAAGCUGGGCUACGUGCUGCGCCCCGUCUUCACGAGCCUCAUCGACACACAGGCGAAGAAGAUGAGUGUCCGCUCGCUCCAGAAGUAG